GGGAAGAGUUAAGUGAUUGUUAGCUCCAGUUUUAUGUUUAAGUCGCGUGAGAACAUUAUUUUUGUUCUAUAGUUACUAAUUAAACCUCCGGAUAUAAAGACUAGCCAUAACUGCUGACAGUAUUUGUUUGUUAAGCAGGUAUAAAGCAGCAUGUCCUCCCCUGUGGACUACACCAUCGGUGGGGUGAAGAUCCAGUUUCCCUGCAAGGCUUACCCAUCCCAGCUGGCCAUGAUGAAUUCAAUAAUAAGAGGCUUGAACUACGGRCAGCACUCUUUACUGGAGAGUCCCACAGGCAGUGGGAAAAGUCUGGCUCUACUCUGCUCCACUUUGGGCUGGCAGCAAGCUCAGCUGG